AUGUGCGCAGGGACGUGCGGGUUUGAACACAUUACUGCUAAGCGGAUCAGUGCAUUAGAGGCUAAACUCGGGGCUUAUAAACGCUUAUAAACGCUUCGUCUCUCCUGCACGUGACGUGUCAACACUUUGUCAACACAUCUACAAACACAAGCUUCAGCCCCACACCAUGGUGUCGUAUAAGAGACUGACCCCGGAGGACGUGCACUUCUCUGGUGUGCCUUUACUGCAGUCUGCUGAUGAUUUGCAGGACAGUGAGCUGAAGGUGGAGGAUGCAGAGCGCCCCCUGCUGGCGCGGAAGCCUCACUGCUCCAUCACUGCUGCCCUGUUGAUUCUCGGAGGCUUUAUCCUUGUAGUCCUCGGCAUCUGGUUACUAGGAAACGUGCUAUGGCUGCGUAGUACCGCUUCCAUAGGACCCCACCGCCCUCCGGCUCCUGCAGCUCAGCCCAACAACGGUUUGGUGCAGGAAAAUCGAACACAACCGGAAUCCUGCGCCAGUAUUCCAGAAUCCUGGAGGUUUAACUGUUAUCCAGAGCGAGGUGUGGUGGUGACUGAGGAUAUGUGUCACGCCAGAAACUGCUGCUUUACACGUGUAGCCAAAGAGAAACCCGGCAUCCCGUGGUGCUAUUAUCCACCAGAUUUCCCAUCGUAUACACUAGUGGCUAUUAAUGACACUGAGACGGGAUUGAGCGGGAAACUGCUUCGUACUCAAAAGACCUAUUAUCCCAAAGACAUCGAGGUGCUGAAGCUGGACGUGCUUUAUGAGACCAACAGCAGACUGCGUGUGAAAAUAACAGAUCCAGCACAGCAGAGGUUCCAGGUUCCUAUAGAUGUGCCUGUGGUGCAAAAAUCAGCUCCCAGUCCCUUGUACACAGUGGAGUUCUCCAAACAACCAUUUGGGAUUAUUGUUAAGAGAAAGCAGAAUGGAGCUGUGAUGUUGAACACCACCGUAGCUCCACUCUUCUAUGCAGAUCAGUUCCUGCAGAUGUCCACGUCUUUGGCGUCUAAUUUUGUUUACGGUCUCGGUGAACAUCGAUCCAACCUCCUGCAUGAUGUGCAGUGGAACACGUUCACCAUGUGGGCUCGAGAUGCAGCUCCAGAAGAGUCCAUCAACCUUUACGGUGCUCAUCCAUUUUAUCUUCUGAUGGAAACUGGUGGACUGGCACAUGGGUCUUUCCUGCUAAACAGCAAUGCUAUGGACGUCGUCCUUCAGCCUGCUCCGGCUCUCACCUGGCGCACCAUCGGGGGAAUCCUGGACUUUUACGUUUUCCUCGGCCCCGAUCCCGGCUCUGUGGUUUCUGAGUACCUGGAGGUCGUAGGAAAGCCUGCGAUGCCGGUGUACUGGGCACUGGGUUAUCAUCUCUGUCGCUGGGGUUACGACUCCAGUAAUAAAACCUGGGAAGUUGUGAGAGAAAUGAGGAAUUAUGGGAUACCACAGGAUGUGCAGUGGAAUGAUAUUGACUACAUGGACCGUGCUCUGGACUUCACCUUCAACCCUGUGAACUUUUCCACUCUGCCUGAGCUGGUCAAAGAUCUUCACCUUCACAACCAGCGCUACGUCAUCAUCCUGGACCCAGGGAUCAGCAGCACGCAGCCUCCUGGGAGCUACGAGCCGUUUGAAGAAGGAAUAACGAGAGGCGUCUUCAUCAACAGCUCUGACGGAGAACCGCUGAUUGGGAAGGUGUGGCCAGGACUUACAGCGUUCCCAGACUUUUCCAACCCGGACACACACGAGUGGUGGUACCACAACCUGCAGAAACUUCACACCCAAGUCCCGUUUGAUGGCCUGUGGAUUGACAUGAACGAACCGUCAAACUUCUUUGAUGGAUCUAUAGAUGGCUGUCAUGACAACGAGUUAGAAAACCCUCCGUAUACACCAUAUGUUCUGGGUGGCAGUCUGAAGGCUAAGACUGUGUGUGUGUCUGCACAACAGAAAAGCAGCUCACACUACAACCUGCACAGUUUAUAUGGGCUAAUGGAAGCCAACGCAACAGCAAGUGCGCUGAAGAGGAUCCUGGGGAAGCGCCCGUUUGUGAUUUCCCGCUCCACAUUCCCCAGUCAGGGACAGUACUCUGGUCACUGGUUGGGAGAUAACAGGAGCCAGUGGAAGGAUCUGUACAUGUCUAUUCCAGGCAUGCUGACCUUUAACCUUCUGGGCAUUCCACUGGUGGGAGCGGACGUCUGUGGCUUCUCUCAGAACACCACAGAGGAGUUGUGUGUGCGCUGGACUCAGCUUGGGGCUUUCUAUCCUUUCACCAGGAACCAUAACACAAAAGAUUCACUGGCUCAGGAUCCCACCUCGUUCAGUUCAGCUGCUCGGACAGCGAUGAAGGAAGCUCUCCUGCUCCGUUAUUCCCUCUUUCCUUUCCUUUAUACACUCUUUCACUACGCACACGCCCAUGGACACACCGUCGCCCGUCCUCUGUUCUUUGAGUUCCCUUCAGAUGAAAAGACGUAUGCAGUAGAUAAGCAGUUCAUGUUGGGGAAGAGUUUGUUGGUGACACCAGUUCUGGAGCCUGGGGUGGAUUUCGUGGUUGGUUACAUGCCUGAGGGGAUCUGGUAUGAUUUCUACACAGGUGACUCAUUGGUCAGUAAAGGUGAAGAGAUAAAGCUUCACGCUCCUCUAGACACAAUCAACCUUUAUCUCAGAGAAGGAGCCAUCAUUCCCACACAGAGACCCAACACUACCCUGUGGGUGAGCAGUGGUCAGCCCCUGCGUUUGAUUGUGUGUGUGAGUGAGGACGGUCAGGCUGACGGAGAUCUCUUCUGGGAUAACGGAGAAUCCCCAGACACCUAUGAGAGGGACGAUUACGCCUUCAUCACGUUCACCCUGAAACAGAACACGCUGACCUCGGAGGUGGUGCGCAGUCAUGUGGAGGCCACGUACCUCACGGUGGAGACGGUUUCGUUUUACGGUGUGAAGACGCCACCGAGCAGCGUCACUGUGAACUCACAAGAAGCUACGUUCAUCUACAAGCCCAAUCAGGUGUUGACAGUAGAUGAGUUGGGUCUGAACCUCAAUCAGAACUUCACCAUCAGCUGGAAGUGAUAACUUGCUUGGUUACUGAAAGAUGAAAGCUUUAUUUUGUUUUUUAAGAAUAAAAAGUCACAUUUUAAAUGAAAAAAGAAAAAAUACCAAUUGUGGUUGAAGGGAGAAGAUAAAUCAGACUGUGAUGUUCUCCCAGCUUUCAGGGAAUGGGGGGUGGUGCAAUAAGCUUCAGCAGGAGCAAGUGAAGAUGAUGGACAUUUGGGGGUUCUGCUGAGAAUUGAGUAUUAUAUGUAUAUAGACUUGUACAUCAUUAAUACAUUCUAUCAGCUUGAUUUGCACUAAGCAGUGACGGUACACUGACAGCAGAAGUGUUGCAUGUUUAAACUUCAUCACUGGAUUUCUGAUCUGAUUGGACUUUGAUUUGGAAUAAUUUCUUUCCUCUAUUGACUCUUGAAGGUUUUAAUAAGAUUACUGCAUUACCGUCGAGGUUUUUUUUUCAUGUUCAGAACAUUUCGUGCCUUAUAACUCAUCAGAAUGGUGAUUUUUCUGCACUGCUGCUUUACUGUGAAUGUUUUCAUCUCUGUAAUUAAAAUCGUAACCUGCUCUAUGUCCACUGGGGAAUGUCGCAUUAUUACAUGCAGUCCAUAGCUGUACAUCGUUUUUUUUUUUUUUUUUUAAUGUUUAAAUGUAAUUAUUCUUCUCAUUUAUAUUGUGUUUGUGUGCUUUUAAUAAAGAUUAAAAAUAAAGAACAAGCUGCAUUACAGGAUGUGCUUC